AUGUCAACUGUCAUGCGCCCCAAGAAGUUCGUCAAGCGCCCGGAUGAUUCUGGGAUGAAAAAAGAAGUAGAUUCUUUGAUGAUUGAGAUCAAGGAGCUAGAGGCGGCUAGCAAUGAACUUACUGCGCAGAUCGAUCGAAUCAAAUUUGAUGCGAGAAAUGUUGAGAGAAAGAAGCAAUUGCAAGCCGAAUUGAAGGAUGUGAUUUCCGAGCAAGGAUCAUUCAAAGCCGAACGUUCUGCCAUACAAACUCAGAUCAAAAAUGUUGACAUGCAAGUGAAGAAGAAGAUUGCCGAGAUUCAAAAGUUGACUUCCAAGACGAACUUCAAAUCGGCUUCCGAGAUCGAUUCAAGAAUUAAGUACUUGGAUGAGUUGAUUGGCUCUGGCGAAUUGAGAUUGGCCGAGGAGAGGAAGCUCAUUCGUGACUUAACGUCAUUGCGUAAGUUGAGAAAAGAUUUUGGUGAGGUAGAAUCUCAACAGUCCGCGAUCGACAAAGACAAGACGAAGAUUGCUGAGCUCAAGGACCAGUUGAGCAGUAUCGGGAAUAAGGAGGUCCAGGCGCGUUUCGAGUCUAUCCAAAGAGAAUUAGAUGAGAUAAACAGUUCCAACAACUCGACCUAUGAGCAGCGAAACAAAUUGAUCAGCAAACGUAACGAAUUGAGAAAGUCUAGAAAUCUCAAGUACGAUCAAAUCAAGAAGUUAAGAGCUGACUUCAAUGCAGAAUUUGCAAAGUUCAAGGAACAGUUGGCGGAAGAGCAGAGGAAGAGAGACGCCGAGCAUAAGGCGAUGCAAGAGGAAGAAAAGAAAUUGCAACUCAAGGAGGAGGCGAAGAGGAGAUUAGAGGAGGCUUCUGUUCCCGCUUUCACCGAAGAAAUCAAUGAGAUUCACGGUUUGUUGCUGUACUUUGACUCAAGCUACAAAAAGCCGCAAAAAAAUGCGGUGGCUGAAGCUACAAAGCUGGAAUUUACUUCAGAGUCAUCGGGCAGAAAGAUUGAAAUGCCAGAGGGUGUGGAGGUAUUGAAGAAAGAGCAGCAACCUUUCUUUCAGGGCUCUGGUGGAAAGAAGCAAAAGAAGAAGUCUUCUAAACAAAAGAAUUUCACGGUCGAUCCCGAUGUCAUCGUAUCUUUGUCCAACCUCUCCAUCCAAUUGCCAGUGAAACAGGAUGAUGUUUCCACAACAGUGAAUACCUUGAAGGAAACUUUGCAGGCAUUGGAGGAGAAACAGGGCGAGCAAACCGAAAAGAACAUACAAAGAGCAAAAGAAGAGAUUGCAGAGUUAGAAAGUAAGGACGCGGAAUGA